GCGGCCGGGACCGGGACGGGGAUCGGGAGCGGGGGAAAAUGAGGGCGCAUCCCGGUGAGAGGUUGAGGGGAGCCCGAGCCGGUCUGUGCAGGGAGAAUGAAAGCGGGCCUUGGCGCUGAAACGAGCCGAAGAGCCCGAAGAGAGGCAGCGCGGAGGGAGAGAGCAGCCCUUGGUGCUCGGGGUGGACUCCGGGCCCUGCCCCUCGUCCCUCGGUUCUCACCCUGAGUCAGUGAAUCAUCUCGACAUUUAUUUUACUUCUGGUAUCGCCUUGGAGGCAAAAAAGAUACUUCGACACUGAAAUCCCUGUAACCAAGUCUCACAUUCCUUUAUUUUCCUAAAUAAGAUCUGGAAACAUAUACUUACCCAGUUGCUUGUGUCAGGGUUAUUCACUCCCGAUUUCUGUCACUUCCCUCACACUGCCAGAAAUUCAGGUGUAUUUUCAGAGCGCUUGAAGCGAUUUAGGGAAAGGAAGGUGAGGAGAAGGGAAACCUUGAGGAACCUUGAUGGUUUUCCCAUUCCCUUUCUUCUCUUCCCAUCCCUUUCUUCCCCUGACCCUUCCUCCCUCCGUUCCUCCUCUUUCCUUUCCUUGCCUUUCCCGGCCACCCCCACUUUUUUUUUCCAAAAUGAGCACCUUGCUCUCCUAAUAUUUCUAGAAAGAAGCAGAGCUGUGUAAGGUGACCAUUGAACACCCUGCUCAGAGGAAUCAGAGCAUGAACACAAAGACUAAACAAAUGGAAAAAAUCACUCAUCUGGAAGCUCUGAUGUUUAGUGCUGUGCUGGAGAACUGUGUGGAUCAACUUGCAAUUCUUGGAUAUAUCAUGCCAGUUCCACAGGAGGACAAGAAUAAAAUGAAAGCAAUGAUCCAGGAGGAGCUGGAUAUUAACUCCCCAGAGCUUAUGUCAGCAAAGCAAGAGAGUGGGGAAACAGUUACCUCCACGGCCCUGAAAACCACCCAACACAAGCAGCAGCAGGGGAAAACGGAAGGUCAGAAAAGCACCCAGCAUUCUUCCAAAAGCGCCAAGAAACGCACCACUCGGGCUGCAAAGAAGCUAAAAAAAAUUUAUGCUGACAGGCAGUAUGCAAGUGAUGUAAUUACAGUCACUAUUAAAAAUCUGGAGGAAUUGGGAACAUUUAGUAGCCUAACAGAUGCUAAUGAGAGAGAGAGGGCAAAAAAGAACAAGUUUUGUGACAUCCUCAUCAGGGAGGAAAAAGGAAAGAAGGAGAUAAAGGCACUCCAGAAACAGCUGCAAGAUGUCAAGAAACAAACUGAUAAAGACCUUAAGAACCGAGAUGAGGCCAUUGAUCGCCUCAAAGAUAAGCUUGAAGAGAACACGGCCAAAUGGAACACAGAGAGCUACUACAUGAAGAGAAGCACAGAUCUCCAGAUCCACCUAACCCAGAGAAAGUGCAGCAAUGCAGAGAUGGCCCUGGAGAAGGAAAUCCAGAAUUUGAAGAGCAAAACUGAUGAGGAGAUUCAACUCCACAUGGAGGCUGAAAAUUUCCUCACACAACAAUAUCAGAAGGUGAAAGAGAAGCUGGAAUACUGGAUGGAGAAAUAUGAAAAGGACACUGCUGCAAAAGAUGAAGAAAUUGAUGAUCUAAAAGCAUUAAAGGCAGACAACUUGGAAACGAUGCAGAGAUUUGCCAAAGAGUGCCUGCUAUUCCAGACAACCAUCAUCAUUGACCGGACAGACAAGGAGGCCAAGAGAAAACAAAUAGAGCAGGAAGCCCUGGAGCAGAAGAGUGCCCUGAAGGUGCAGGCCUGGUGGAAAGGUACAAUGGUGCGCAGAUUCAUUGGUCCCUACCAGGAGCUUGAGAAGUAUUUGAAGGAACAGUUAGCAGAGAAAGAAGGACGCAAGGAAAAAUCUGGAGCAAAGAGAUAAGUAAAGAAAUUGGCCACAGAUGUGUUCCAGGACUGUUGCUGGCCACGGCACUGUGGUAUGUCCGACAGGACAAAAUAAACCAUGUAACAGAGGUUGGGCAAUUCUGGAGAACACAGUUCCUGCAGACACAGGUAUGGUGAAGUUGCACUAAAGAUCUUAAAGCUG